CUCCCACUUCCACCAUCAUUUGAAACUGUCACUUCCUCCAUGAAGUUCUGUGAUGUACUUUAACCUACUGUGUCGUCUAAGUCCUCAUUCUGGUGACAGGGUGUUUGUUGCAACGCUGAAACUCCUUGAUCUGAAUCGCCCCCACUUGACUCUCAGUUCACCAUGGCCAGGAGGGUUGUAAGAACCAGUAAGUUCCGUCACGUCUUUGGCCAGGCUUUGAAAGCUGACCAAUGCUACGAUGACAUCCGAAUCUCCCAGAUGACAUGGGACAGCAACUUCUGCUCUGUCAACCCCAAAUUUGUGGCCAUGAUUGUGGAUGCCAGUGGCGGAGGAGCCUUCAUGGUGUUGCCCCUGUCCAAGACAGGACGUAUCGACAUGUCCUACCCGACUGUGUGCGGCCACACGGGGCCUGUUCUGGACAUCGAGUUUUGUCCUCACAACGACAACAUCAUUGCCAGCAGCUCUGAGGACUGCAGUGUCAUGAUUUGGGAGAUCCCGGAUGGGGGGCUGACCACAUCACUCACGGACCCCGUUGUCAAGCUGGACGGGCACUCCAAACGUGUGGGCAUCCUGAGCUGGCACCCCACUGCCCACAAUGUGCUGAUGAGUGCAGGCUGUGACAACGUGGUGAUCCUGUGGAACGUGGCUCGUGGGGAGUCAGUGGUGAGGAUCGACAGCGUACACCCCGACCUCAUCUACAGCGCCUGCUGGAACAGCGACGGCUCCAAGAUUCUCACCACCUGCAAGGACAAGACUAUGCGAGUCCUGGACCCACGCAAGGGCACCGUCCUCGUUGAGAAGGAGAAGACUCAUGAGGGCUCCAGGCCUAUCAGGGCGGUGUUUGUGUCCGGUGGGAAGAUCCUCACUACCGGCUUCAGCCGCAUGAGUGAGAGACAGGUGGCGCUGUGGGACCCAAAGAACUUCGGAGAGCCGCUGACACUUCAGGAACUGGACACCAGCAGCGGCGUCCUCCUGCCAUUUUUCGACCCAGACACUGGGAUCGUCUACCUCUGUGGCAAGGGAGACAGCAGUAUCCGUUACUUUGAGGUGACGGAUGAGGCUCCCUACGUGCACUACCUGUCCAUUUACAGCAGCAAGGAGAGCCAGAAGGGGAUCGGAUGCAUGCCAAAGAGAGGCCUGGAUGUCAGCAAAUGUGAAAUCACCAGGUUCUACAAACUGCACGAGAGAAAGUGUGAGCCCAUAGUCAUGACGGUGCCACGCAAGUCUGACCUGUUCCAGGAGGACCUGUACCCCGACACCAUCGGUCCUGAGCCUUCAGUCGAAGCCGACGAAUGGUUUCAAGGAAAAGACGCCCCGCCUAUUCUGAUCUCUCUAAAGGACGGGUUUGUAACAACCACCAAAGCCAAGGAGUUCAAACUUCACAAGAGUCUCCUGAAGACCACCACUGCUUCUGCUGGGAACGAACAGGAGAACAGCGGGGAUGUCCAGUCCUUGAGAAAGGAGGUGAAGGACCUCAAAGCAGCGGUAGAAGAGCUGACCAAGCGUGUGAGCGAGCUGGAGAACAAGCAUUAAACUAGAGAAGUUUGGUAAACGAGAAAAAUAAAUCAAGAACAGAAGUCGAGAGAGACUGUUGUAACUUCUGAUUGUAGUGAGUCAAAGGGAGAGAUUUGAGACAACAGUUGAAAAAAAGGAAACUUCAUUUUUCUUUGUCUUGAAGCUUGAAUUUGUUUAUUUGGUUUGUCUGGUCAAUUUUAAAAAAUUCCUAUUUUAAUAUAUGCUUUUAGUUUGAAAUAAAGUCUUCUGUAUUUUCAAAA